AUGGCAACGAGCACCGAAGAUCUAGAGGCGAUCAUCAAGGCGGCUCUCCUUGAAGCAUCAAACACCUUAGUCUACACACUAACCGACGACGAGAAUCAUGAAGCUCAGGGCUUCAUCCUCAAACAGAAAUCCUACUAUGAUCUGAAACUCUACGUUUCCGAGGGAAUUACUUUCCCCCAGAACCAGGCGUCGUUUGACAUUCAAUAUCCACCAACCAAUACCAUCAAGCUCGCACAGAAGGAUCCUCUCAUCUUGAAAGAGCUUCUCACGGCAGGGAUUGCCAUCUACGGCCACACGAGCAAUUUCGUCAACAAUCAUCUCAGCAAGUUCGUGCUGGUCACUAACCAAAUCGUUACUUAUUGUGACCUCUUCGCCAGAUACAUCAAUGGAAAGGGUAUGAUGCGAGACUCGCUUGCCGUGCUCGUCAAAGAAGACUCGACUGACGCCCAGAAACAAAAAUCGACAAAGAUUAUUGCGCUGUGUGUUGUAACAUUGAACACAGAAUCCGCAAAGGUCCACGCUGCCAUAAUCGAUCUUCUGAAUGCAAUGAUACAGCUUCGUACUGAAACUACAAACGACAAGGCACUGGUCGAUGUCAUUGACGACAAAUUCCACGGCAAAGGCGUUCUCCAACCAGACGGCAAAACGUACAAGCCACUCGUCGACCUUCUCGGCGCUGAUAUGAAAACAGCCAUUGAGAGAGGACAAGAGCUUCUGAAAGACUACAAUCGUGAAUAUGCAGAAUGGAAGCAUGCCACAAUCGUAGCAUCCACCUCAGUCAGCUAUGCGUGGAUCUGGCCCAUCGGCACGCUCACCGCUGGCGCCAUAGCGGGCGUUUACGGCGCGAAGGCGGUAGCUGCUAAAGAAGCCUACGAGCGAGCUGAGAAAGAUAUCCAGCAAAACAAUACCGAUAUGGCUGGGCUUGUAGAAAGCGUCAAGGUGGUUGGAUCGGUGAUUGCUUUGCUGAGCGGCAUUAUUGGGAAGAUGAAUGGAGCCAUUACUGCUUUGCAGGCGCUGGAACGCACCUUUGGUGAGCAGGAUCGACAACUUCAGAAGAUGAAGGGGGAACUUGAUGCCGCUGUUACGCAUAGCGACUAUGGACCGAUUGGAGAGGCGUUCGUGAACGCCGACCUGGAAGAGGUUGCGAAGGCUUGGGUUAUCGUGAGAAUGUUGGCUAUGAAUUUCAAGGACACCGAUGUUAAAGUUGAUGGUCGACCCGGAAUUGCUGUUGUCUAA